AUGAUAUUCGAGAAAAAAUUUCAUAGUGCAACUGUUAUUGUUAAUGAUAUAAAACGUAAUUUAGCUAAUCUUGAAGAUCUAUUAAGUCAAUGUUCAAUUGAAUCACGAACACGAUAUGAUGGAGAUAUAACUGAAAUGAGAGAUCAAUUAGAACGAAUGAUGGAAGUGGAAAAACGUCUUGAAAAUAUUGGAGAUGUUUAUUUGAACACAGAAGCAUUAAUUAAAUGUUUAGCAACUUAUUAUUUAUAUGAUUUACAAUCAACUGAAGCAGCAUUAGAAAGUUUUCAUCGUAAAUGGACAUCACUUAAAACAGAUAUUUUACGAAGUGAACAAAUUCUUCAUCAAAAUAUUAUUAAUAAUUUACCAUCAAGACAAGCUUGUAAAGAAAUAAUUUUAUUUAUUGAUGCAAUUAAACGUUUAUUGGAUGAUGAUCAUGGUGCACCUAUUAAUAAUAGAGAGAAACUUUACAAAAAUUACUUAAACGAUAUCGAGUAAAUUAAUCUUGUCUUAUUCAUUUUUGUUUUCGUAAAUAAACACUUACAUAAUUGAAUGAAGCAUAAAUCGAGCAUGAUAAAAGUUUGGUGACUUUGUUUUGCAUAUACCUUCGUCAAUGUGUUUUAUGUUAAGAUAUCUUCGUCUAAAGAAAAAAAAUCUAUGUUCACCUUAUAGCUCUUUUACCUGAUAGCAGGAUUUUUGGCGACUACUAUGCUACUCAAUUAGAUUGUAUUAAGUUGUUGAUAUUUGAGCAGGAAUCAGUGAUUAUUUCUGUUUGAUGGUU